UUUACAACAUAUAAGAGAAACAGAAUUGGGGCUUUGGUUGGAAAAACCCUAUCAAGUGGUACUGUUGGGAGUUGGGACUUUGCGGCAGAGCGGAGAGAGAUGUCUACAUCGGCGGCGGCGGAGACUGGGUUCCUGAGGAUAGAAGAGAUAGAAGGGAGAGGGAGGGGUCUGGUGGCUUCGCAGCCACUGAAGGCCGGCCAAAUUGUCCUCAGAGAUUCCCCUAUCCUCCUCUACUCUGCUUUUCCUUUGAUCAACCCUUCUUCUUCCUCUCGCCCCUCCACUUCCAAUACCUACUGUGCCAGGUGCUUCAGAACCUUAUCAUCUUCUUCGCCCUCGGUGGUUUCUUGCCCCUCUUGCUCCCACUUUCAUGUCUUCUGUAGCCAAAACUGCCUGUCCGCUGCACUCACUUCAUCCCACACUCCAUGGGUAUGCCAAGCCCUUUCUCGUCUCCGAGAUUGUUCUUCUCUCCUGCUUGAACAACCCAUGGAACUCCAGCUGCAGGCCCUUUUCCUGGUGGCCGCCUACAAUCUUUCCCUUGUCUCUCUUUCCCAAUUCCAGAUUUUGCUUUCUCUUGAGGGCACCCCUGGCGCCACUGACUCCGCCGCUGCUCAUUUCCUGCAUUCUCUCAUCUCCUCCCUCUUGCCGUCGCCUCCGCUUGAGGGUUUCUCGGUGGAACUCACGGCCGCAUUGUUGGCCAAGGACAAGCUUAAUGCCUUUGGGCUUAUGGAGCCUUUUUCCUCCAAUGACGGUGGCCAACGUUCUGUCCGAGCUUACGGUAUCUACCCGAAUGCCUCCUUCUUCAACCACGACUGCCUUCCCAAUGCCUGUCGUUUUGACUACGUCGACACCUCCCCCAAGCACCACAACAACACCGACAUUAUCGUUCGGAUGAUUCACGAUGUUCCGCAAGGUAGGGAGAUAUGCUUAAGCUAUUUUCCAGUCAACGAGAAUUAUGCCAGCAGACAGAGGAGGUUGAUGGAGGACUAUGGCUUCACUUGUCAUUGUGACCGCUGCAAGGUCGAAGUCAAUUGGUCUGAUGAUGAUAAUGAUGAUCUUGCCGAGGAGGAGGAGGAGAUAGACGAAGUGAUGGAUGAGGACCACCAUGACCAAGUCAUGGAAUCCUCCCUGGGGAAAGGAGAUGCCGACUUCCCCCACGCGUAUUUCUUUGUCAGAUACAUGUGUGAUAGAGAAAACUGCUGGGGCACGCUGGCUCCUUUGCCCCCUAAGGACGAGGCUACUCCCUCUGAUGUUAUGGAAUGUAAUGUAUGUGGCAAUCUCAAUAAUGACCAAGUGACUGAUGCAAAUGGAGGAGAAGACCAGCUUUCCAUGGAUGAUUGAGCUCUCUUCCUUCCUGCCUCUGAACUCGGUUAUAGUUUUUAUCUUCAGCUUGAUCUUCAGUUGCUUCAGUUACGGAUGCUGCUUCGCUACUUCAGUUACUGAUGCUCCAAUAUGCCCCCGCAAUCGAAAGGGCAGUUCUUGAACUUGAAGAUUGUUACGCAAUAGAGUAAACCGAGCCGCAUGCAAUGCUUUGGUAAGUAGAUCAACCAGCUGAUUUUUUAUUGACAAAAAUGAAACCUCAAGUUUCUUUUGAAGUACUUGAUCACACACAUGGUGAAAAUCAAUUUCAAUAUGUUUAGUCCUAGCAUGAAACACUGGAUUGGAAGAGAGAUAUGUGGCACUAAUAUUAUCACACCAUAGUUUUGAACAAGUCGGUAAACUAAAAUGCAAAUCAUGAAGUGCGGAUUGAA